AUGAAGGAAUUAUAUGAAGUAAUUUUUUUAACGUUAGAGAAAAAGGCAAAUACCCUGAAUUAUUUGGUGACGAACUUUGAAGAUUAUAAUAUUUAUGAAGGAGAAUCACGACCGGAACCACCACCGAUACCGAUAAACUUUUCAAAAUUUCAUAACUUAAAAAUGUUAAAAAUUAAAAUGUAUUACCUUGAAUUUGAAAAUCAAAUUCAAAAUUCAUGUUAUCAAAAUCUUAGAACCCUUCAUGUAAAUUAUAUUCCCAUCAGCUCAACCAUUUGCGUGAUUAAAAGCCGCAAAGGGCAUCUCAGGGAAAUUUUAGUCGAUGGAUAUGAUACGGAGGAUAAUUAUGAUCAGGAUUCACUUCUCCUUAUCCGUACGGUUUAUGAAUAUUGUCCUUUGGUCGAAUAUUUGUCACUCGCAUUUCUAAUAUCAACAAUUCAUUUCGCCGAAUUCGAAAAAUUACUAAAAACAUGUUUAAAAUUGAAGGCGUUAUUAAUAAGAAUCGAUUGUUAUUAUCACGGUGUAAAAUCGAAGGAGGAGGCAAGUCUUGAAAUAGGAGAAGAAUUAUCAAGACUAUUAAUAAAAUCAGCACCAGUUAAUUUAAGAGAAAUUAGAUUAUGGAAAUAUUCAUCUAGUUGUGGGAUUAAAUUUUCAUUGGAAACCUUAGAUGCUUUUUUAGGUGAUUGGAGAGGUCGAACUCCACUUUCGAUCUUUACUUCAGAUUCUUCAUAUAAAAAAGAAGAAUAUAUAAAAAUCAUAAAUAAGCACAUAGAUGAUGGAGUGAUUAAAGAAUUUAAAUGUGGUGAUUAUUCCGCGAAUUGGUAA